AGUUCGUUUCUGAAUCAAAAAAUGGGCGACGCGUCUCGCUAUAUGCGCAUGGUGGUGGUCGAGCGAUAGCACCUUGAGAUCUCUACUUCAGAGUUCAGAGGAAUUCGUUUUCUCUGAUCAGGAUCUGGAAGGAACGAAUCGGUAUGGGUUUCUUGGUGACGACGCUAAUCUUCGUAGUGAUUGGGAUCAUUGGGUGCCUCUGCACCAGAAUUUGCUGCAAUAGAGGACCUUCUGCCAAUCUAUUUCACUUAACCUUGGUUAUUACUGCAACAAUAUGCUGCUGGAUGAUGUGGGCGAUUGUUUAUCUGGCACAGAUGAAACCACUCAUAGUACCUAUAUUGAGUGAGGGCGAAUAAGUCUGUCUGUGAACAGAUGUAGCUUCUUGUAAGUUAGAUAAUAUGGAUUAUGGAUCAGAAAUUGGCUGCUGGAGAGAAUUUGAUUUCGGGAUCUCAUGAAUGAUUCAGUGUUUCCUAAGCGUGGAUCUGUAUGUAUUUAUUGUUGGAUAAUUGCAUUUCACUUGGCAUUUCUAUCGCUGCCUGACGUUAGCUGUGUUACUGUUAUUGUAUUUAACCCUCAUUCAUUUCGUAUGUCUGUAGAUUAACUAUGUAUUUUGGUGAAAAAUAAGUUGUUGAAAGAAAAUUAUGUUUUCUCUAAUAAGAAAAUUCACGAAAAGGGGUCGAGUUGGUGCAAUUCUUCCGCGUC